CCCAUGGUACCAGUCAUGCCUAAAUUUAAAGAUAAUGGGAAAUGGUGAAAGCAAGUUGCCACAAAAAUAAAUAGCUGAAAAUGAAAGAAGGAAGGCAGACUGAGCAAGCAGCUCAUCAGAAAGUACUCACUGCCAGAAUGCAGUGCGGAAAGAAGAAAACUAAACGGAGACUGAAUCAGAUGUUCGCUCUGUACAUUAGGUUUAAUGGUUGUAUCAACGGCUUCAUAUGACAGGAAAUGAUCUGGGCGUUUUGUUCACUUAUUCUGGAUGCCCUUAGUUUCACAGAGCAGCGGGUAACAUGGAUUGCACCACGGAAGGGGACAGCUGAACUCUCCCUCUGGCUUUAGUGAGGAAAGAGCAGCGAUGAAAUCCGUGGACUGUGUGCACGUCAUCCAGCAGAAGGAUACCGCCUCCUCUCCCUCUGGCCCCCCCGGUGCUGCUUCAGGCACCACGGGACUUUUUUCUGUCACAUUCCUGUGGCUUGCAAUGCUCCUGUCCUCUUGUCUUGCAGCAGUGUCUCUUUACCAUGCUAUCACCCUGAAAACAGAGCUAGAAGCUCUGCGCAGUGAGCUGAUCUACAGGGUCCGGGCAAGGUCUCCGCUAGAGCAGCCACCCGUGUCCCCUGGUGACAAGAAAGCAGGUGCCCCUGUUUCUUCCUUCCUGCAAGUGUCUGCAGCUGGCGCCAGGCAGGAGAACAGGCUGCCUGGCCCUAGCCCAGCUGAAAGUCUCCAAAAGGAAAUCUGGGACGGGGGCAGAAACAGGGGGAGAAGGUCUGUUGUCCACGCAGAAGAAACAGUGCUGCAGGCCUGCUUGCAACUGAUUGCAGACAGCAAAAGUGAUAUCCAACAGAAAGAUGAUUCAAGCAUUGUCCCUUGGCUUCUGAGCUUUAAGCGUGGAACAGCUCUGGAAGAACAGGGAAAUAAAAUAGUGAUCAAAGAAACAGGAUAUUUUUUCAUAUAUGGCCAGGUUUUAUAUACUGAUACAACAUUUGCAAUGGGACAUCUAAUACAGAGGAAGAAAGCUCACGUGUUUGGUGAUGAUCUCAGCUUGGUCACAUUAUUUCGUUGCAUCCAAAAUAUGCCACAGUCUUAUCCGAAUAAUUCUUGCUAUACUGCUGGCAUUGCAAAAUUAGAAGAAGGAGACGAGCUUCAACUUACAAUACCACGAAGAAGAGCUAAAAUAUCCUUGGAUGGAGAUGGUACUUUUUUUGGUGCAGUUAGACUCCUCUGAAGCCCUUUAUUUUUGUAACUAUGCUUAGUGCAAUUUUCUUCUUCUUCCAAUGCAUUUGUCAAAGAAAAAAGAAACUGAAUUCUCCUAUAACUGCCAAUUCAGUCUCUUUCCUUCCUCCAUCAGCUUCUGAAAUCUAUUCUUUGGUCUAAUAAGCAAACCCAAAACAGGAAGUAGACCAGACGUACUUGUAAGAUAAAAACGUCACGUGAUUACCAGAAAGACAAUUUAUUUUACACAAUGGGAGUCUCUAAACAACAGCUGUAAGGACGUGGUUUUUUGGCUUUGAAGUAAUUUCAGUGAAGCAAAUCAAAGAAAGAGUUGAACAUAAAGUAUAGCGUGAACACAGGACCAUUCUGUUUUUAUACAGAAAUGGAAACCUAAAACACAAUUGCAUCUUACUUUGCUUUGUUUCACAAACAAACAAACAAACAAACAAAAAAACAAACAAAAAAAAGCUUCUACCCUGAAGCAUAGAGUACAAGGAAGGGUAAUGAAACUAUAUUAUUCAUCACAAUAGAGUGGUGUCGGCUAGUUUCUGUUUAUUUUUGUUGUUUGUUUCUUAGUUUGACAUAGAAAUUUGUUUGGGGAAGGAAAAAAAUCUAAAAGCACAGGAUAAUGAAGCAAAAGCUCCUAAGUAUGUAGAAUGGUUGCCACUGCCUUGCUUCUUCCCUGAGGACAAAAGGACAUUACUAAAAUCUGUUAGUAUUUACUAAUUAAGAUGAGUUUUACCGGAAAUAAGAUAUAUAAGAUGCUUUAACACCUCAAUCUCAGGGAAUAUGUGCAUGCAUGUAUGUAAACAAGUUGAGCAUAGAAAGAAACAUGAUGAAAUUAGGCUCAGUACAGUAGGACAAAUUGGAUUUCUGACUUCAUAAUUUCUGCACUCAUACAUAUAUGUGUAUUCUGUGUGUAUAAAUAUAUAUAUGCAGUAUAUAUAUAUAUAUAAAUAUGAAAGUAUAUACACCAUAUAUGAGCCUUUGGCAACUAGGUAUAAUAUAUUAUCUUCUUUUGGAUAGCUUAUCCAAUGGAAAUAUUGCUGCAUACAUAUUUGUUGUAUUUGUCCUGCUUUUGCUAUUAUCCAUGCAAAGGGAUACUGUGAAAAAUCCAACAAACAUGGAACCAGCCAUACAACUAAUAAAAUACAUUUAUUGCCCAUAGAUCUGGCCUCAAUCACUAGGAUAGAUAUAGAGACUUCUGUGCAGUUUUGAAGAAGAGGCUCCAGGGACACCUGAUAGUAGCUUUUCAGUCUCUUAUAGGAGGCUAUAAGGAAGAAGGGGACAGACUCUCUAGCAGAGUCUGUGGUGACAGGAGAAGAGAAAAUGGUUUCAAACAAAAGAAGGGGAGAUUUAGACUGGAUAUAAAGAAGAAUUUUUUUUUACAAUUAGGGUGGUGAAGCACUGGCACAGGUUGCCCAGAGAUGACAUGGAUGCCCCAUCCCUGGAGACAUUCAAGAUCAGACUGGACAGAGCUCUGGGCAAUUUUAUUCAGCUGUAGGUGUCUCUGUUCAUUGUGGGGUAGCUGGACUACAUGACCUUUAGAGGUCCAUUCCAGCUCAACAUUUCUAUGAUUCUAUGGGAAAAAAAAGAAAAGAAAGAAAGAAAGAAAAGAAAAAACAGGCAACCAACACAAAAGCAGAUCUGUAGAAGGACAGAUUUUUUUUUUGUUCCCUCUUAUCUGUUCACAUUGUUCAGAUGAUGAGAUUUUUUUCUUUCUCCACCCAAAAAUCCCCAUGUACUGCAUUUAACAGUGUGGUUCAGGGCUUCUAGGAGCUACUGUAAUUAAAACAUUGAAUACUUAUACCACUGGUCUGCAAAGAAAUAUGAACGUGAUACUGAAAUGGGUAAAACAAUAAGAGCCAUAGUAUUGAAUUGUGCUUCACUUGAAAAUGUAUUUUUAGAUAUUGAGAAUUUUGUCAUAAAAUCUCAUUUAGUAAAGUUGCUUUGUAUAUUGCAGUAUCCUUGCCUGUUUUUAUAAAUAGUGCUGACUGAUUUGAUUGAGUUCUUAAGGUGAUAGAAAAUAAAUAAAACAGAUUUGAAGCUAGGGGUUAUGGACUGUGGUGAACUAAUGAAAGAAUUAAUUCAACUCCUCUGUGCAUCCAAAAGACAUUUCAGCAACAAGGGUAUGUGCAUUGGGUUACUGUACCAAGAUUUUUGUGAGGCCUAAGUUUUCAAAAUGUAUGAAAGACCUCUGUAUACAAAUAUAUAAAAAUAUCUGUUCUUUAUUUAUGUAUCCUGGAGGUAAAACUGAAUUUUGUUAUUAUUUUGCAACUGCAAUACUAAGUUUUCAAGAAAGAGGUCUGAAAUCCUCUACUGGAGUCCUCAGUUCAGCCGAAGUUUGUGUGAUGCUGCAUGUAAAUAAAGCAGUUAUUAGCAUGCACCAAGCUGGCUCUUAUUACUGAAGUACAUUAAAGAGGUGCACAGAAUCCUGAAUCAAAUAUUUUGGUUUUAGUGUUGAAUGUUUAUAUGAAAGAAAAAAAAAAGUUAUAAAAAAGUUAUUGUUUUCCCUUAAACUUGAUGUUUAAAUGUGCAAAAUUACCUUUUGGUAUGUAAGUUUUCCCUAGGAUUUUAGUAGGUUUGUAUAUCCUUCAUGUAAGUCAAUUCUGAAACACAGUGGACUGGCACCAUAUAAGAUGUAGCUUUGAUACUUUAUUUUAAUAAAGUAAUAUUUUAAAUAUUUUA